AUGACCAGCCCAGCGAAUGUGAUCGUCUUAUCGUCCUCUCCGAAUCCUUCCAGAUCACCCGCACAAGCUAAACAAGAUCUAAGCUUGGCGAGCCAUGUCGUGCCACGAGACGAAACGCCUCCACCGGUACCUUCACCGUCCGAGUUGUUACAACCGCACACGCAUUCUCGAUUCUUUCCCACCUCAACUACCAGUGAACAAUGCCCAGCAGACGCGUCAAAAACAAAGAAAAGAUUGACCAAACAAGCCACGACUGCAAGUACCGGUGAUCAAAGCGCACCAAGCAAGACUGGACGGAAGACGAAGAAGGUAGCAGAUCAGCCAGCGCCUGUCGCGCCUGGCAGCCCAUCGCUGGAAUUCGUGGGUGAAAUGGAUACCGCGGCAAAGCCUGCCAAAGGCAGGCCCCGGAAAACCGCCAAGAGCAAGGAUCAAGGAAACAUGAAACUUGCUGGGAAGGUUACGAAGACGAGCACUGAGCAGGUCAAGAAACCAACCAAGGCUAGCAAGAAAACAAGUGCCACCAAACAAUCGCCCUCAGCUGAACUGAAAGAUACAACAGUGAAUACGAAUGCCCUGGGUAAAGACGAGCAAUUACACCUGGAUGAGGCAAUGAGAAGGAGAAUGGAUUGGACACCGCCAAGGGAGACAGCCUACGAGAACGUCACAUUGAGUGAUGAAUCCGGAGCGCAAGACAAAAACAGUGGAUCAAACACUAUGGAAGGGUUUGGCAAGCUGUUAUCCGAUUAUAGCUUCAGUGGACUGGCUUCCAAUCCCCUGAACCUUCCCCAUAAUGGAAACAAUGGAUCGACAAAACGCCGACGCAUCAUGAUGGAAAACCCUCAAAUCCAGCAACUAUCCAAUGGCAAACCUGACACUCUGAGUGAUUACACAUCUACAGACGACUCGGCUUCAAGAAAAUCAAAUAAGGCAACCAAAACCAAACCUAAAAGGUUUACAACACUGACUGCUCGAGUGACUGCGCAAUACGCCCAAAACGACGCACAAGAGGAGGAAGAGCCGGCAAUAGAUUGCCUUCCAGGCACUAGAGCCACAAAAAGCAGGCGAGGGAAAGCCAAAGAAACAGCUAAAGAUUCUCCUUUUACAAUCCUUUCUCCGGAAGCUGCAGUGGAGUUCAUGAAUGACCAAGACCUUAUCUUCGGCACCUGCAGUCAGCUGGAAAGAGAGGAUUCCCCACAGACUCUCCGGGAAAUGCAACAAGCUAUCCGUGCGUCUGAGAGUCUUUCAUACCCAGAAGGGACACGCGAUUAUGUCUUUGCUCAUACUACGAAGGCAGACCGAGCCUCUUCUAUCCGAUCUGUGUCAAGGAUAACAGGCACUAAGAAUCUGUGGAAUGUUGGAUCCAGAGACAUAGAAGGAUCUUUAGUCCAGUCCAAAGAGUCAAAUGUCAUUGAUCUGACUGAUCGACCUGAACUUCCGACAAAGACCAAUGACAAGGUGGUCAAGCCAACACCGAAACCUCUUGACAAGAACUGGUUUGAGCUUGACUUCGCGGACAUCGAUUCGCCACCAGAGAAGAAGUCGUCAGAAAAGAGCUCACGCUCGAACAUUCAGUCUCAGCCCCCAACAAUUGAAAAGUCAAACAGAAAAACCGAUGUCCCUCCUGUGGAAGUAGCCCCAUUUCACUCAACCGAGUCACAAGCACCUCAAAUGCCACAAUAUGCGGGAUUUACAGAUGCUGAAUUAUCCAAACAAAUUGCUAUAUUUGGUUUCAAGUCGGUCAGGGGCCGCAAGAAGAUGAUUGAUCUCCUUCAACAAUGUUGGGAGUCAAAGCAUGGCGGCGCUGUCAAUGGUAGUCAGUCAGCCGCCCCAGCAGAGCAAUUGAAAACUUUGGCCCCAGUGCACAGCAACGACCCAAGGCCUGCCUUUGAUUCAAGUUCCAAAGAAAAUGCAAAACAUAACCCUCCUACGCAAGGUACCUCAUCGAAGGCUGCAAAGUCAGCAGCCGCUUCACGCAUAACUUCCCAGCAAAGUCCACAAAAAGGUCCAAGGAGCAAAUCUAUCACUAGACCCUCUUCAUCGUUUAUUGGCGUGGAAGAAAUUCAAGACUCGGAAGAGGAAAUCGCACUAUCUUCGAGUCCAGUACAAAAGUACUACACCAGCAUCUCUUCCAAGUCUAGAAGGGGUCAAACCCACGAGCAGACUCUGGAAAUACUCACUAAAACUCCACCUGCAAGCCCAACCAAACGCAGAACUGCAUCCAAAGCUUCGAUGACCAAGACCCACUCAGCUGAUACCUUUUCGCAAGUCGGCCGGGUAAACUUAGCGGCUCAGAUUACCAAGGCUGUUCGAGCUCAGCCUCAGCUUUCACCGUUGUCGUCAGCUCUCGGUAGCCGCACUCGGCCAACUUGGCAUGAGAAGAUCCUCAUGUAUGAUCCUAUCAUUUUGGAAGAUUUUACAGCAUGGCUUAACACCGAAGGACUUGGGCUUGUUGGCGAAGAUCGAGAGGUUGGGACUGCAUCUGUCAGGGAGUGGUGUGAAAGUAAAGGGGUAUGUUGCUGUUGGAAAAAGAAUGCUAGCUGGUAG